AAAAUCUGCGAGGACGAUUUUCAAUAUAAAAGAAGAUACUCUCCGUAUCAGGAUCACCAGACGAUAAGUUGUCUUUCGAUCGGUUACGUGUGGCUCGCCAAUUUAAUUGUAAAAUGAAGUGCUUGGUAUUGAUGGUCCUUUUGGCCGUUGGAUCUCAGGCCUUUUUCACCGAGGAGCAACACGAAGCGGCCAAGAAGCUGACGGUGGCUUGCCAAACCGAGAUCGGCGAAGGACUUCCGGACAAUGUGGGCGAUCGAUUCCGCGCCGGAGAUCUCACGCUCACCGAUGACAAGAGCAAGUGCUUCAUGAAGUGCGUGUUUGUCAAGGUAGGAUUCAUCGAUGAUGCCGGAACGGUCAACAAGGAAGUUUUGAUGAAAAAGUUGAGCCUGGGAAAUGGCCAGACAAAGUCGGCAACUUUUGCUGAAAAGUGCAAUUCAUUUGAGGGUGCCAAUGGAUGCGAAAAGGCGCACGGGUUGUUUGAGUGUUAUUGGAACAAUAAGGCGAUUUUCGCAUGAAACUUUACUUGACAAACGCACAAAUGAAACGGGUUUUAUUAUGUAUGUUAUGGUUUGACAUUAUAAGGAGUGCAGAAUAAAGAGAUUUAUGGAUUAGUUGUUUCAUUAGUUGCCAUUCGUGGAAAGCAAUUCCAAGCCACAUGGGAUACAUGCCAAAACAGUUUAUGUGAUUGAAAACACAUGACUUACCAGACAUUUUAACCGGAAGUUACUCUAAAAUGUGUUCUUCAGACGGUGCCUUAUUUGUUUGUUUGUUGACGGCGAUUGGAAAUAAAAUUCUAUGAAAAU